GAUUACUGAGACGCAUCAGGACACGCACACAUACAACAUUAUCACCCUUUGAACUUUGGUAAAAUAAGUUUGAACUUGUGAAAGGUUUACAAAAGUAUAUCCACUUCCACUGAGCUGACAGUCAUUCACUAUUUUUAGGUGUCUUUUAUCAUUUCCCUUUUAUAGACCUCCCUCCCUCUGUCUGUCACUCCUCCCUCCAUCAUCUCCUCAUGAGGACAGGGAGACAGGGGACAGUUUUCCUGCUGGUGUUGGAGGGGUGGCAGAGCCCAGACUGGAUCAGCAGCCAUGGAUGACGUGUAUAAAGCAGCGGUAGAGAACCUGACCGAGGAGCAGAAAAAUGAGUUCAAGGCUGCCUUUGACAUCUUCAUCCAGGAUGCUGAGGAUGGCUGUAUCAGCACCAAAGAGCUGGGGAAGGUGAUGAGGAUGCUGGGACAAAACCCAACCCCUGAGGAGUUGCAAGAGAUGAUAGAUGAGGUGGAUGAGGACGGCAGCGGCACGGUUGACUUUGAUGAAUUCUUGGUGAUGAUGGUCCGCUGCAUGAAGGAGGAGAGCAAAGGAAAAUCAGAGGAAGAGUUGGCUGAACUUUUCCGCAUGUUUGAUAAAAAUGGAGAUGGUUACAUAGACUUGGAUGAGUUGAAAGGCAUGCUGGAGUCCACCGGAGAGCCCAUCACUGAAGACGACAUCGAGGAGCUGAUGAAAGAUGGAGACAAAAACAACGAUGGCAAAAUAGACUAUGAUGAGUUUCUGGAGUUCAUGAAAGGUGUUGAAUGAAUUCCACUGGAGGGUUUCACUUUGCAAUGCCACCAAAGUCCAUUCCUGAAGAAAUGUCUCCACCAUUUUUGUACAAGUACCUUCAUUUCUGAUAAUUAUGAACAAGAUGUUAUGUGAAUAAACUGAAUAUGAAUAAAGGUACUUCUAA